GACAAGAAAUGAUGCCAGCAAUUAAUUACGUGAUGGCCUGUAGAUUUUUGGUGAUGCCAAUAAUCGGUAUAACUACAAUCUUGUUAACAAGGUCAUGGUAUAUUAGCGAUCCAAUGUUUUGGUUUGUCUUGAUAUUAUUGGCUUGUGGACCGCCGGCUGUUAAUUGUAUGAAUUUGACGCAAUUAACUGGCACAUUCCAGGAAGAAAUGGCUACUUUAUUAUUUUAUUCAUAUAUAGCUGUAGUACCUAUGAUCACUAUGUUAUUAAUGGUCAUUCUAACUAUUAUAAGCAAAGUUGCUUCAGAAUAA